CAGCUAAAUCACUCCACUAGGUAAUUCUCUUUCUGUAGUGGUGGAUGUGAACUAAAAUCUUUUAGUGCGACACGAUGCUUUGGAUAUAUGUGGGAAUCUCAGGCGUUUUGCUGUUGACAGAUUUUGGGACAGGUUGUGAUUACCAAGUGGACAAAUGUGGGGCCUGGGCUGAAGGAGAUGUCCAGAUAGGAAUUCUCAGUUCCUGCUAUUCUAAAGUGGAGACGCUGUAUUAUCGAGAACAGCCAGAGAGAUACAACUGUUCAGAGUUCAGUAUGGUAGCAUUUGUCCACAUGCUGGCUGCCAUUCACACCAUUGAACAACUCAACAACUCCAGCUUCCUGCCUGGGGUGCGCCUUGGCUACUACAUCUGUGACACAUGCUCUGAUGCCUCCAAAGCCAUUCAGAGCACUGAGCAUAUGCUGGCUGCAAACGGAACGCUGCUGCCGCAAUGCGAGUUCAUUCAAAAGCCAAAAGUAAAAGCAAUCAUUGGAGCACGCUAUUCUGAGGUUUCUAUCAGUGUGGCUCGGCUUCUGACCCUCUACAUGGUGCCUCAGAUAAGCACGUCAGCGUCUGCAGAAGCCUUGAGUGAUAGAAAGCGCUACCCUGCCUUCCUACGCACUGUACCCAGUGAUAUCCAUCAGACGAAAGCACUGGCAAAACUCAUGGCCUACUUUGGGUGGGACUGGGUCGGCGUGGUCCAUGGGGAUGAUAAUUAUGGUGAAGAUGCCUUCCACAGCUUCUUGGUGGAUGCAGAGACUGAAAAUGUUUGCGCUGCUUUUGAAGAAACUCUGCCUCACUACCUGGAUUGUAAGGACAUUGACACUAGGAUCCAAAAAGUGGCAGACACCAUCCAACAGUCCAGAGCCAAAGUUGUAUUACUCAUCUUAAAGGAGGAGCUGGUGAAAAAGCUUUUCAUAGAAAUGAUUAACAGGAAUAUAUCACGCACUUGGAUAGCCAGUGACGCAUGGUCAAUAUCGGAAGAUAUUGCUCAAAUGGUGGGAAUCAACAAAGUAGGAGAUAUAUUUGGCUUCAGUUUCAUUACAGGCCCAAACCCUGGCUUUAAAGAAUAUCUGCAAAUGCUGACUAUUCCUCCAGGUGCUGAGAACAAGUUCAUAGAAGAAUACCAGCAGAUGGGGAAAAGCAUGGACUAUUUAACAAAAGCGGUGCAUAUUGACGUAGCCUAUGGGGAGAGGCUGGCUGUGUUGUCCAUUGCUCACGCCCUGAGGAAGCUUUUAGACUGUAAUGAGACGGCGUGUACAGGGGAAAAAGACCUCCCACCAUGGAAGCUCCUCAAAGAACUCAGAAACAUCAACUUUACUCUGGAUGAUCAGACUUUCUACUUUAAUACAUUAGGAAAUUUCAUAAAUGGCUACGAUCUGAUUAACUGGGUCCGAGACAUGUCAAGUGGACAAAGACAGUUUGUUGUUGUUGGGAACUAUAAUCUUGAACAAAAACAAAUCAAUCUUAAGAAACCUAUUGAAUGGAGCAAUCCUGACAAUACUACACCCGUUUCCAUUUGUUCUGAAGCCUGUCCUCCUGGAACUGCAAAAAAACUCUCUAAAAUAUCCUGUUGCCAUAACUGCACAGAAUGUUUGGAGGGCACCUACUCCAAUAGCACAAAUCUUCAAAACUGUCUCCCAUGCGAAAAUGAAACGUGGUCCCUGAAAAAUGCGACACAUUGUAAGCCAAGGAAAGAAGUCUUUUGGAAGUGGAAUGAGACCCGAGCCAUUGUUUUUCUAACAUUUGUUCUAACAGGAUAUCUCCUUUUGUUUAUUAACCUCAUUGUUUACUUUUUCUAUCGUGGAAGUCCUGUCAUUAAACAGGCUGGUGGCUACAUAUACUUUCUGAUUAUGUUGGGGUUAGCUCUCAGCUAUACCAGUGUCUUACUCUUCAUUUGCAAGCCCAACAACCAUAUAUGUAGGGCACGGUCAUUCCUGUAUGCCUUAGGGUUCUCGCUCACUGUCUCAUGCAUCCUGGUAAAAGCCCUGCGGACCUUUGUGGCAUUCCUUCCUCAAUAUCGUCAGCACAAUAUCAAGAGGUUUUACAAGCCUCCGUUAAUUAUCAGCUGUGGCACUUUCAUUCAAGUCCUCAUCUGCAUCUUCUGGCUGAUAUUUGAUUCUCCUGAGACUGUGGAGUCGACACUGGGCAUGGAGAUCAUUUUUCAGUGUAAGGAGGGCUCUGGGGUGGGUUUUGGCAUCAUGCUUUCUUACAUUGCACUUCUUGCACUCAUCUGUUUUGCACUGGCUUUCAAAGGGAGAAAGGUUCCUCAGCGCUUCAAUGAGACUGGACACAUUAUCCUCAGCAUGCUGAUAUACCUGUUUGUAUGGGUCUGUUUCACUCCAAUAUAUGCAGCGAAAAUACCAGAACGCUACUCAAUUCAGGCUGCAGCAAUCUUGGUGUCGACAUAUGGCAUUAUAUUCUGCCACUUUACACCUAAGUGGUACAUGGCCCUUUGCAAAAAGAAGGAGGAGGUCACUAUGGAGGCAUACAUUGCACGAGCAUGUAGUACAAGAAGUUCAGUCGACUCAGGCCUCUCUGAAUUGUCUGGGGUUGGAUCCCUGUGUAACAAGAGUGGUCUCAAAAUCUCACCUUCACAGACCACCAUGUGUUCAAAUGCUACUGGUGUUUGCAGCCCAGAAUCACCACUACACAUUUUAAAAGUAGAGAACUCCAGUAACUCUCAGCCCACCAUGCGGAGAAGGUUUCAGAGAAGAUCUAUUUAACAGUCUCAAAAGCUAGAUACCUAAAAGCAUUAAUAUUUAUGUGUUUUAUGUAAAUGUAUUCACUGUUUUGAGUUUUUGAAGAUGAAAAAUGUGUCAGUGUUUUUAGUGCACUGUACACUGUAGAUUAAAUAACAGAUUUUCUUGAUUUAAAAUUCAAAUAUAUGUGGGUGGUGAAACUGGUCAGAUAAUAAGGUCAAUUCAUUCAAGCUUGCAUUUGAGAAAGAUGAGGUCUCUAAUUGGGUGUGAUUGAUCAACAGAUGCAAGUUUUACUCUAUUUUCCCACUCGUGACCAAGAAUAAAAUAUGGGGAUUAUGUGAAUUUGGCAUUUAGGGUCAUUUUCCAGGACAUCCAGGACUAGGCUCAGUCUGGUAAACUGAUCCAUUAUAUAAAGCAUUUAUGAUGGGUGAUAAUGGUUUUAGGGUUGAAAAACAUGGGCUGUGACAUGAAUGCAUUAUAAGUAUGCCCUGUGCUUUACUUUAUGAAAUAUUAGGCUUUACUGUCCGUAAAUUGGAAAACAUCACUAACAAGGCCAUUCAGAUUUCUUUUGAGACUAUAUGUAGUGUAU